AUUUGUUAUUUGUCGUCACAGAAGACACCACAGACGCUGAGGAUUCAUAGAAGCUGAUAUGAGAGUUCUGGUAGUUGUCUCGUUAAUCGUCGUCUCGACACAAGCGUUCCUCUUCCCGGGAGGCGGAGGCGGCGGGGGCUGCGGAGGCGGAUGUGGAGGUGGAUGCGGGGGCGGAGGAGGUGGAGGAUGCCUUCCGACCCUCGGAUGCUCCGUCAUCUCCUUCAACGUCCCAACAUUGAAGCUUCCACCACCACCACCACCACCAUGCGGCGGAGGAUGUGGAUGUGGAGGAAGAAAGAAGAGAGCUGCCAGUGAAGACUCAAAAUGCACUGAUCCAGAGCUCAGAAAGAUCAUUUUGAAUGGAGUCCGCACCACCACAUCCGAGUCCCGAGACAACAUCGUCGCCAGCCUCAAGGAGAAAUACGCUGGAGUCAGAUACCUCGUCACCUGCAUCGAAGGAGAUCACGAUUUCGCAAGCUCCUCGACCGACUACUGUGCCGACGGAAGCCAACAGCAAACAUGCAUUGUCGCAAAAGCCACCGAUGAAUAGUUAAUUUCAUGUUUUUUUUCAAAUUUGUUCUUCCUCUAUGUCCCUUCAAACUCUCUAAGUUGUUCAUCUCGCCCCCUCAUCACUCAUGCACCCUCAUUAUAUUAAUUUUAAUUUAUAAUUAUUUGAAUUUCCCCUGUCCCUUCCUCGGCUUUUUCGCGAAACAUUAAAUAAAAUUAUUCUCAAGUGGUUAAAA